AACACGUGAUAAACUUCUAGUGGCCAUAUUGUCUCAAUACUGUUGUGAUUGUUAAACAUAUUGACCUUACUCUCAGCUAUCGUUCUUUUUUUUCCGUCAUCUCGUUACUGUUGCCCGAGUAUUAUUUUGUUUUAUUCUCCAUCACAUUUUCAGCAGAUUAUAAAUAAUUCCAAUUUUAUAUUUACAGAAUUUAAACAUGGAUUAAAUUACUAGUCACUCGAAAGUACUCAAAUUUUGUGCAAUUAUUUGCACACUUAGAUCUUAAAUAUCAUUUCCUUUUGAAUGUCACCUGUUUAUUUGUGUUUAUAUCAACAUAAAUAAUGGCAGAAAAUUUAGGAAAAAGACCUUCUAAAGGAAUUUUGAAAACAUCAAGUAGUUUUGACAGUCAUGAAGCUCCAAGGCCAAAUAAAGAAACGAAAUGGGAUGAAAUGAAUAUCAUUGCUACUUUACAUCCUGCAGAAAAAGAUUAUGGGCAUAUGAAGAUUGAUGAACCAAAGACUCCAUAUAAUUAUGAAGGUUAUGGUAACAAACAUGAAGAUGAUGAGCUUGAUUCAGCAACUAUUAAUGAAAAGUUAGCUAAAAGUAUAAAACCGAAAAUAUUUGACGAUUUAUCCAAUGACGAUGAAAUAGAAACACCUGAAGAACGAGAAAGACGUAAAACCUUUGAGGCGAAAAGAAGAGGUCACUAUCGAGAAUGGGAAGCUGUUCAAUUAGCUCGAAAAAAAUUACUUGAAGAGGAUGAAGACGAAGAUGAAGAUGACAAGGAUCAAAGUAAAGAAGAUUAUAAGGAAGAAAGUAAUGAUGAAGAUGAUGACAAUGAUAAUGAUGAUAGUAUUGACGAUUUAGAUGUAAGACAGGAAGACGACGUUGACAGCAGCACCAAGUGCGUAUCUUCUAAAAAUGAGAAUUGUCCGGAGUUACAUUAGUCACAUUCAGCUCUCAUUGUUAUAUUGAACUGAACAUAAAUAACAAUAGAAAACAGAGAUUUAUGUAAUUAGACUUUUUUUUUCAACAUUAAAAAUGAGAUCUAUCAAAUUCAUUCAAUUGAAAGUAUAGAAAUGAACAAUUAAUUAUAGAUAAUGAACAUGAGUAGUAAUGCUUAUCACAAAAAAUUUGCCAGUAAUAGCUUUUUAUUUUUAUCUUGGAAAUCAUACAUAGUAGUGAAUAAUGAACAUUUAUGCAUCAUAAAGCUUCCACAAAAAGAUUUCUUCCAGAAAUUGAUAAUCGUUAGUGAGAGGCUAGUUGUAUAUGCAUACAACGAAUUUAAACUACGAAAUUUCGAGAAAAUGAUCAAACAAAUUCAUUUAAUUAUGCAAUAAGAAUCAAUCAUGAGUAUUGUUUAAUUUGAUAUAAAUGUCUUAUUUAAUUUUAUUUUCUACUGAAAUAAGAUUAUAAUUUCUAGUUGUCGUACUUUUUUUAUGUUCAAAAUUGUAAGAAACUGAAAUUAAAGUUAUAAUUUACUCCGAAAACUAGA